AUGGAAGAGGAAGAGGCAGCACAUUUCUUGGAGUCAUUGUUGAGUAAAACAUUACACGUGACCAUUCCGGAUGGGCGCCUGUUCACAGGAACAUUUCGAUGCACUGAUCGGAACAGUAAUGUUAUCAUGUCAAAUGCUUUCGAGUAUCGAAUGCCAUCGAAGGCAGCCGAACAAGACGCGAUAGAAGCCACCAGAGCAACUGGCAAAGCAAGCAAAGCAGACAUGACAUCUCGAUUUGUCGGGCUCAUUGUAAUCCCGGGGAAGCAGAUCGCAAAGAUGGAAGUGGAAGAUCGAAGAGACUAUCCGAGCAUUCGACCACUCACCAUUCAAACUAGGUCUUCAAGUUGA